AGUUUGUGCUGAAUUUGACGUGGCGAGUGGUUGUUGGUGAAGAAAGCCAAGAGAUUGAGGUUGAAAAUCAGAGAGAAAUGAGAGUACUCGAAGCGGUUUAUCCUCGAGCAUCUGCGAUACCUCCUAACCCUUCCAUAGCAGCUGAUUCAGAACGUACCGAUGUCGAUGACAGUCAGACACCUUUGAUUCCCAUUACUCCUGUUGAAGAUGAAGAUGCAUCAACCGAAAUCUCAUCUGAUUAUGCAAGCCCUGGUGCUGUCCUUAUGAGUGCACAACAGUCCCUUUCUGUUCAUGCUGGUACGUAUACACCUCAACAUGUUUUUCCGAAUAUGUCUUCUACUUCUAGUGCGAGUUCCAUGGCUGGAAUGGAUCUGGGCAAUGAACCUGAUGUAGCUGCUGCUGCAUCAGCGGCACUCAGUGCACUUGUGAAGAGCAAUGAGAUGGGUAACACGAUUGACAGUGAAUUGCUUGUUAAGAUUCUUAACAAUCCAAAAAUGAUUGAGCAGCUGGUUGUGGAUUCUGGUACUGUCACUAGCUCUCAAAAGCCAAUAUCAUCUCCUGACCCGUCGCUUGUACAUAUGCAUAUGACCGAAACCAAUGCCACGGUUGCGCCUGCAUCGGGGGGUCCUUUUUUCGCUCAACCAAAUGGGGCAACUGUAGGACCUGUCCCCAAUGCUCACCCUUCCUCAAGAGGUGUUCCAGUUUCUUCCCUGCCUUCCACUGGACCUCCAAUGAAGGACUUGAACUACUAUAAAAGUUUGAUUCAGCAACACGGAGGAGAGAGACAAGACGAUUUCCCUCGACAGCAAUUCGGGAACCGUCACAGCCAACCAUCAGGAACAAACCAGGACUUCUUACAUAAUAACCAGCCAUCAAGAGAUGGGAAGUUCAGGAUAAUGAAGCCUUGCAUAUACUUCAACAGCUCAAGAGGAUGUCGACAUGGAGCCAAUUGUGCGUAUCAGCACGACCCCGCAUUUCAGCAAAGAAGUAGUAGCGCGCCCGAAAUGCCUAGCGCCAAGAGAACAAAAGUCGAUCGAGAAAUCAGCAGUUAAAAGUAG